AUGGGUCGUGGUUGGCCAUCGAUGAGUCAUGACCGGCCAUUCAUGUGUCGUGACUGGCCACCGAAAAGUCGUGAUCGGCCAACCAUGUGUCUUGACAGGCCUCGGAAGGGUCAUGACCGGCCAUUGAUAGGUCAUGACCGGCCAUCGAUGUGUCGUGACCGGCCAACUAUGUGUCUUGACAGGCCAUGGAAGGGUCGUGACCGGCCAUCUAUAGGUCAUGACCGGCCAUUGAUGAGUCAUGACCGGCCAUCGAUGUGUCGUGACCGGCCAUUGAUGGGUCAUGACCGGCCAUCGAAGUGUCGUGACCGGCUAACUAUGUGUCUUGACAGGCCAUGGAAGGGUAGUGACCGGCCAUCGAUAGGUCAUGACCGGCCAUUGAUGGGUCAUGACCGGCCAUCGAAGUAUCGUGACCGGCCAACUAUGUGUCUUGACAGUGUCCAUGGAAGGGUCGUGACCGGCCAUCGAUAG